AUGGAGAUUGUGUACGUGUACGUCAAGAAGCGCAGCGAGUUCGGGAAGCAGUGCAACUUCUCCGACCGGCAGGCCGAACUGACCAUCGACAUCCAGCCCAACCCCGAGCUGGCCGAGCAGUUUGUGGAGCGGAACCCCGUGGACAUGGGCGUCCAGUGUUCCACCAGCAUGUCAGAGCACGAGGCCAAUACAGAGCGGUUUGAGAUGGAGACCAGGGGAGUCAACCACAUGGAGGGGGGCUGGCCCAAAGACGUGAACCCUCUAGAGCUGGAACAGACAAUCCGCUUCCGGAAGAAAGUGGAGAAGGACGAGAACUAUAUCAACGCCAUCAUGCAGCUCGGCUCGCCAACCAAGUUCAUGGUGGGUACCGAACAGGGCAUCGUCAUCUCCUGCAACCGCAAGGGCAAGACGCCCGCCGAGAAGAUCGUGUGCACCUUCUCGGGCCACCACGGCCCCAUCUACGCCCUCCAGAGGAACCCCUUCUACCCCAAGAACUUCCUGACCGUUGGGGACUGGACGGCCCGCAUCUGGUCUGAAGACAGCCGGGAGUCCUCCAUCAUGUGGACCAAGUACCACAUGGCUUACCUUACCGAUGGCGCCUGGAGCCCUGUGAGGCCGGCAGUUUUCUUCACUACCAAGAUGGAUGGAACCCUGGACAUCUGGGAUUUCGUGUUCAAGCAGUGUGACCCCGCCCUAAGCCUGAAGGUGUGUGACGAGGCCCUCUUCUGCCUCCGGGUGCAGGACAACGGAUGUCUCACCGCCUGUGGCUCCCAGUUGGGGACAACCACCCUGCUGGAGGUCUCACAUGGGCUCUCCACUCUCCAGAGGAAUGAGAAGAACAUAGCAUCCUCUAUAUUUGAACGUGAGACCCGGCGGGAGAAGAUCCUGGAGGCCAGGCACCGGGAGAUGCGACUGAAGGAGAAGGGCAGGGCCGAGGGCAAGGAGGAGGGCCUGGUGGAGGAGGAGACUGCUGUAGACCUGGAGGAGCUGGUCUCCAAGGCCGAGGAGGAGUUCUUCAACGUCAUCUUCACAGAGCUGAAGAGGAAGGAGAAGGACGUCAUGAAGAAGUCAAAGCCUAGGCACAGUCUGGAGGAGGAGGAGGAGGAGAUGGUGGACGGAGAGAUGGAGGGAGAGGAAGAAGGGGAUGAAGAGGAGGUACCAGCCUAG